ACAACCGGAAUUUCCACGACACAGCUGUUUUACGUGUCCACUGUCUCUUCAACCGCAAAAUGGCUACCGGGACACUGUACACAUACCCCGACAACUUUCGGGCCCAGAAGAUCUUGAUCGCUGCUAAAUACAGCGAUGCAAAGAUCACUGUGGUGCAAGAUCCACCGCAGUUCAAGUUUGGUGAGACAAACAAGACUAAAGAAUUUCUGAGCAAGUUCCCGCUAGGAAAGGUGCCAGCAUUUGAAUCAAGUAAUGGCAUAUGCCUGACUGAGAGCAAUGCAAUUGCUUACUUUGUUGCCAAUGAGCAGCUACGAGGUAACGACGUUGCAGCCCAGUCCCGUGUCCAGAUGUACAUGAACUUCGCUGACAACGACAUUCUUCCGGCAGCCUGCAAUUGGGUCUUUCCAACCCUGGGGAUAAUGCAGUACAACAAAACAAACACAGAACAAGCCAAGGGGGAUAUUAAGAAGGCUCUAGAAUACCUUAACGGUGCACUCAAGACCCAGACCUUCUUAGUCAGGGAGAGAAUCUCCUUAGCUGAUAUCGCCGUUGCUUGUAACCUUCUAAUUCUAUACAAGAAUGUUCUAGAACCCCAGUUCCGUGCUCCAUACACUAAUGUGAACAGGUGGUUUAACACAAUGCUGAAUCAGCCAGAGUUUAAAGCAGUCCUUGGUGAGGUCCAGCUAUGCACCAAGAUGGCUCAGUUUGAUGCUAAGAAGUUUGCCGAACUCUCAGGCAAAGGAGACAAGAAGAAAGAUGACAAGAAAGAAUCCAAAAAGGAGAAGAAAGCAGAGAAGCCCAAGGCUGAGGAGAAGGCUGCUAGUGAAGCUCCACCAGCCCCUAAGAAAGACCCAUUUGCAGACCUUCCUGAACCAUCGAUGGACUUGGAUGCCUUCAAGCGAUGCUACUCUAACAGAGACACCCUGACUGUCUCUGUACCAUACUUCUGGGAACACUUUGAUAAGGAGCAGUACUCUAUUUGGAAAUGUGAAUACAAAUACCCUGAGGAACUUAAGAAGUCAUUCAUGUCAUGUAACCUCAUCAACGGAAUGUUCCAGCGUCUGGAUAGAAUAAGAAAGCAUUCGUUUGCAGUUUGUAUCAUCUUUGGGAAAGACAACGACAGCACCAUCUCUGGAAUCUGGUUCUGGAGAGGACACAAUCUAAUCUUUGAGAGGAGUGAGGACUGGCAGGUUGAUUCAGAAUCUUACAAUUUCACCAAGCUAGACGUCGAUGCUCCAGCAACAAAGAAGAUGGUUGCAGAAUACUUCGCCUGUGAGGGAGAGUUUGAUGGGAAGAAGGUCCUGGACUAUAAAAUAUUCAAGUGAGAUCAGUGUCAAACAAAAACUGAAACAUCCAAGAAACAAUUCAGAAAGCACUGAAAAUUUUGCUUUAAAAAAAUACAUUUUUCGGUCAAUCAUAUAUGUUGGUCUAUGUUGGUCUAGUAACAUAUCAUUUUUUUCUUCUCUUACCUUGUUUUUGUUUUAUUUACCAAAUCUUGAACUGUUUUCAUUAAUCUUUGUUUUUGUACAAGUAGGGUACACAUCAGUUUAAUGCAGGAAAAGAGUGGAAAUAAACUCAUCAAUAUUUUGCAAUAUGCUUUUAGUCUUCCACAUCGUACUUUAACAAUGUAUAACAAUGUGGAUAAGCUUGAAACAUUUCUUUUGAAAGAAUGUUUUUCGGAGAAAUAAGUUUGUCUCUGUUUCAAAGUUUCUGAAACUACACCACAGAAAUUGCACUUUCAAAGAUGCAUAUAAUACAAAGAAAGAAAGUUUUAUUUUAAUUGACAUUUUAUCAUUGGACGCCUACUUGUAAAGUCGAUAAAAGAUAGAUAUCAAAUUCAGAAGUUUUGCCAAUAUACUUAAUAUUUAUCAAAAAUAUUCUUUAAAAAAUUCACUACUCAAGUAUUUAUUUGAUAAAACAAAAGAUUUCUGCUGACCCAUCUUUGAUGGGAUUUAAGCCACGCUCUAACCACGCCCGAAUCAUGCUGCAUUCAAUGCUCUUACAACACUUUCCUGCAAUACUUUCAGUGCUUUGUGAACAAUUUACAUUUAGGGGACUCCACAGUUCAAAUAUUUGUUUAAUCAUAGUUUUCCUGCUCGUUAUACUUCCAUUCUGCAGCUUUUUCAAUAACAGAAUUGAAUUUCCAGUUUACUACAGAACUUGUCAAAGAGUUCUUACCAACCAGUUCUUACCAAUCAGAAGUCAUUUAUAUAAGAACUACACAAAAGUGCGCUAAAAAGAUAUUGUUCAAAAUGUCUGUAUUGGUAUUGAAGACAAGGUUUUGAUUUGUUGUCCUGUCUAGGAGCAGUUUUACUUUAAUUGGCAAUUAUUUUUAUUGUCUAACUGAACCUAAAAGACUCAUUUAAGAGGUCGGAGCAUAUUACUAGAAUGUUGUUUUUUGUACCAUGAGAUUAUCGUCAUUGCUUUUAUACAAACAUUGCAAACACUUUAAUAACUUGGAUGGUUAAACAGUAGAGUUUUGUCGGAAUAAACAUGUACCGUAAGUGUGCACUUUGUAUUCCAGUA